AUGAAGGUCGCACUUUCCUGGGUGUUGGCAGCCGCCGCGGCUGUCUCUGCCACCACUUCAAUUGAAUACCGCACUGCCUCCAAUGGCGAUCCUUUGGCAAAUUGUCCAGGUUACAAGGCCUCAAACGUCAAGCUUGGCAAAUCGAGUCUGACUGCCGACCUGACGCUCGCUGGAAAUGCUUGCAAUGUCUACGGUGAUGAUCUAAAGAGCCUGACCUUGGAGGUCGAGUACCAGACUGAUGACCGCAUCCACGUCAAGAUUGCAGAUGCUGCCAACAGCGUCUACCAGGUCCCAGAGAGCGUUCUCCCGCGCCCCAAGGCGAAAGACGGUAUCAAGUCGGCCAAAUCCAACAUCCAGUUCAAGUACAAGUCAAACCCGUUCUCCUUCUCCAUCAUUCGCCCGGAGACUGGGGAAGUCCUCUUCGAUUCUUCUGCCGCAAGCAUCAUCUUCGAGUCCCAGUACCUCCGCCUCAGGACCAAGCUCCCAAACAACCCCAACCUGUACGGCCUGGGAGAGCACUCUGACUCGUUCCGCCUCAACACCACCGACUACGUCCGCACUCUCUGGUCGCAAGAUGCAUACGGAAUCCCAGCCGGCCAUAACUUGUACGGAAACCACCCCGUCUACUACGAGCACAGGACCACGGGCAGCCAUGGUGUCUUCUUCCUCAACUCCAAUGGCAUGGAUAUCAAGAUCAACAACGACAAGGGCAAGAACCAGUACUUGGAGUACAACACUCUCGGUGGUGUCUUGGACUUCUACUUCGUCGCUGGACCGACACCAGUGGCUGUUGCGCAGCAGUAUGCUGAAGUCGUGGGCUUGCCUGCCAUGAUGCCGUACUGGGGACUCGGGUACCACAAUUGCCGAUACGGAUACGAGGAUGCCUUUGAGGUUGCUGAAGUGAUUCACAACUACUCCGUGGCUGCGAUUCCUUUGGAGACAAUGUGGACCGAUAUCGACUACAUGGACAGAAGAAGGGUCUUCUCGCUUGACCCCGAGCGAUUCCCUCUGAAGAAGAUGCAGGCGAUUAACGAUUAUCUACAUGCCCGCGACCAGAAGCAGAUUGUCAUGGUGGACCCGGCUGUCGCCUACCAAGAUUACCCGCCAUACCACAGCGGCGUUGCAGAUGAUAUCUUCCUUAAGCGCAACAAUGGAUCCGACUGGUUGGGCGUUGUAUGGCCUGGUGUUUCGGUCUUCCCCGAUUGGUUCCAUACCGGUGUCCAGGACUGGUGGAACAACGAGUUUGCUUCAUUCUUUGCCGUCGACGGAGUCAACAUUGACGGUCUGUGGAUUGAUAUGAACGAGCCCUCUAACUUCCCUUGCAACUUCCCUUGUGACGACCCAUUUGCUGCCGCCGUUGGAUUCCCUCCUGAGCCACCAGCAGUGCGCCUGCCACUCAGAGCGCUUCCAGGUUUCCCCUGUGAUUUCCAACCCGAGGGAACACCAUGCACAGCAUCCAAGGAGAGACGCGCAAUCGAGGCCCCAGUUGUGUCAUCAUCCAAGGUCGAGCGCCAGGCAGCUGGACAGCAACUUGGCCUGCCAGGCAGAGACCUACUGUACCCCAAGUAUGCCAUCCACAACGCAGCGGCAUUCACUAUCGAGGAUAAUGCGGCAGGCGGUGGUAUCUCCAACCACACCGUCAACACCGAUGUCAUCCACCACAACGGCCUUGCCAUAUACGACACUCACAAUCUCUACGGCUCAAUGAUGUCCGUCGCCUCCCGCGAGGCCAUGCAGUUCCGCCGCCCCACCGAGCGCCCUCUGAUCAUUACCCGCAGCACCUUCGCCGGUGCCGGAACCAAGGUCGGCAAGUGGCUUGGUGACAACGUCAGCUCUUGGCUCGGAUACCGCAUCACCAUCAGCGGUAUGCUCGCCUUUGCCUCCGUCUACCAAGUACCAAUGGUCGGCUCCGACGUCUGCGGUUUCGCCGACAACACCACCGAGCACCUCUGCGCCCGCUGGGCCAUGCUCGGCGCCUUCGCCCCCUUCUACCGCAACCACAACGGCUACAUCCCCCAGAUCUCGCAGGAGUUCUACCGCUGGGACAGUGUCGCCGAGGCUGCCCGCAAGGCAAUCGACAUCCGUUACCGCCUGCUCGAUUACAUCUACACCGCUCUCCACCGCCAGACUCUUGACGGCACCCCGCUCGUCAGCCCGCUCUUCUACCUCUAUCCCAACGACGCCAACACCUUCGGCAUCGAGACGCAGUACUUCUUCGGCUCCGGCAUCCUCGUCAGCCCCGUCAUCGAGGAGGACUCCACCUCCGUCUCCGCCUACCUCCCCAAGGACAUCUUCUACGACUUCUACACCCACGCCAAGAUCCAGGGCCAGGGCAAGCCCGUCCCCCUCAAGAACCUGAGCACCUCCGAUAUCCCCCUCCAUUACCGCGGCGGCGCCAUCAUCGCCCAGCGCAUCGAGGGCGCCAUGACCACCACUGCGCUCCGCAAGAACGAUUUCGAGCUCAUCGUCGCUAUUGGCGCCAACGGAAAGGCUGAGGGCGAGCUGUACCUCGAUGACGGUAUUAGCCUUGUCCAGAAGGGCACGACCAGCUUGAAGUUCGUGUAUGAUGGGAAGACGCUUAAGGUUAAGGGAAGCUACGGGUAUGAUUCCAAGGUGCAGAUUAGACAGGUUACCUUCCUUGGACUGAAACUCGGUGGAGGCGGUGGCAAGGGCAAGGAUUGCAAGGUUAACGGCGUCAAGAGCAAGUCUGCCGUCAAGGCUGAUUCGGGUGCCGUGGUUGUCCAGGUUGGCAAGGGACUGAGCGCUGACUUCACUGUCGAGGUUGAGCAGUAG